UAGAGAAGUAAUCAGUGAAUAGUGAUAUAACUUUAAAGUGAAUGGAAUACAGGCGCUAUGAAGGUUACGUUACUUGAGAAAAAACUCGCGGCAGUUGAGGCCGAUGUUAUCGUGAACAACACUACCCAGGGUCUGGAAAUCUCGCCAAAUCUUCAGGAGGCGGCCGGACCCGGACUUAGAGACGAGUGUUUACGGAGAUACCCGAACGGGAUCGGGUACGGCGAAAUCGCCAUCACUCGGGGCCACGGGCUUAUGUGCGCCGAGGUGUUCCACAUCGCACUGCCAUCAUAUCUGCAUCUUAACUCCUUACAGGUGGUGUUUCGAACGCUUACAAAGUGCCUGAACGUGGCAAACCGACGGAAAUGGACGUCGAUCGCGUUCGCGUCUCAGGGACGGGGCCUACGCAACUACCCCCCUGACGUCAUUGCGGACACGUUCUCGAAUUGCGUCGCGUGCUUCAAAGCCGAGCGUCGCCCGCGCACAACACUGAAGGAGGUCUUCAUCGUCGCCGGAAAUGACGUAGAUGGGGGCGGCGUUCAAAAAUACUUGGCCAGAUCAGGAACUGUCGUUACUUGGCCCGGACUUGGAAUGCAGCGCUCGAAGACUAAACUACCUAAGGGCCACUCGAAGUUCUGCGGUCUCCAGUACGACUGCGAACAUUCCUGCGCGGGGUUCAAGGGCGAGAGUUCGUGCCCUCCGUGCCUGCACCCGGAAUGCCGGGAAGAGGGCCAGCAGACCCGGGAUGACCCGUGCGCAAUCUGUCUCAGCGACCCCUUGUCCGCCAGUCCUGUAAUACAGAUGAAAUGCGGUCACAUAUUUCACCUGAAAUGCACGAGAACAUUGCUGAAGAAGAAAUGGGUUGGUCCGAAGAUCAACUUCAACUUCCUACGAUGUCCUUUAUGCCAGGCGGCUCUAGAACACCAUGCGCUCGCCCCGCUCAUGAGGCCUAUCAGUCAACUCGAGGUCGAGAUCAGGGCGAAGGCGAUGCUCAAGCUGAAGCGAGACGGGCUCCUGUUCGCAGAGGAAAUCAUGGACCGGGGAAGUCCGUACUUCAAUGACAGGCCGCGCUUUGCCAUGGACCGCUACGAGUUCGACAUGUGCUGCGAAUGCAAGAAGCCAUUUUACGUCGGCACUGCGUCAACCGAAUGCGAGGAGACGAACACCGAUCCCGGAACUGUGAAGUGCCAAAAAUGUAUCUCUGCGUCUGAAGAGAGGGCGAAAUCAGAGAUGAAAGCAUCAAAAGACACCAUUCGAAGAAUUACCAAAAAGUGUCCGCAGUGUCAGGUCCGGAUUGAAAAAGAAGGUGGUUGCGACUUUAUAUUCUGUCCAAAUUGUCGAAAGACGUUUAUGUGGAACAAGAAGUACCGGCUUCCCCGACACCGACGAACAAAAUCUAGAUCUAAGAUCGGAGAGUCUGACAUCCCGCCUGCGCUUUCGGCGGAACCCGUUUCGCUUGUAGCCGGCGUACAUGAACAAGUGUGAAUCUUCGUUUCGAUUGGUUUAUUUCUACAAUAUGUAAAUUCUCACAACAUGUGAAUAAAAUAAGCAAAUGCUAGCUUGGAUAUCAUAAUACAACAAUUUAACAAAGUCUCGUCAUUUACAUGAAAUAACAGUAAAUUUCGACGUUCAGGAAAGUUGAAAACAUCAACAAGCAGGCAUAUGUGUCUUUUUCUGAGAAAACUGGGCUUAAUGCUUGUGCGUAAA